UCCUCCCACACCCUUCAAACUUCAACACAGACCUGACCUCCUCUAGGAAGGUUCCUCGGAGAAUGUGGUGCCCACUGCCCCCAAGUUAAAUGCCCUUAGUUGUGCUCCCAUAGCACCUCUGUAAUAGUUCUUACCAUGCUGUACUGUAAUUAUUGGUUUAGAUGUCUAGCUCCUCUAGAUGGUGACGUUCUAAUGGGCGGUAACGGUGUCUAAUUCCUCCGCUUUUUCUCAGCACGUGGUCCUGUACGUGGCACAGAGUAGGAGCUCAGAAGACAUUGGAUGAAUAAAUGACUGAGUAAACAAAGUGUUACUGUAGUAGCCUUUAGAGAAAGAACAUAUGGGCAUCUGAGGCACCAAAACAGCCGGCCGGUCUAGGGAGCCUAGAACCCUGUGCUCUGGAGACCAUUCAGCCCAGGUCCCGGCCGUCAUUUCCCCGCCGGCCUCUGGAGGCGCUGUUCGGCUGGCGCCGGCUCUCCUCCGCCAAAAUAGGUCUUGCAGGAUGGAAGCUACGGGGCGGGGCCAGACGGAGCCCGGAAGGACCCGGAGGAGAUCCGAGUGUUUGCGGCCGUGCUGCCCCACCCCUGGUCCCGGCGCGCGUAGAGGCGCCCGGCCGGGCUGCUGCUAGGGCCCCAGGAGGUUGAAAGCUAAGCAUGGGGAAGAGCUGCAAGGUGGUCGUGUGUGGCCAGGCUUCUGUGGGCAAAACUUCAAUUCUGGAGCAGCUUCUGUACGGAAACCACGUAGUGGGUUCUGAGAUGAUUGAGACGCAGGAGGACAUCUACGUGGGCUCCAUUGAGACUGACCGGGGGGUGCGGGAGCAGGUGCGUUUCUACGACACCCGGGGGCUCCGAGAUGGGGCUGAGUUGCCCCGGCACUGCUUCUCCUGCACUGACGGCUACGUCCUAGUCUACAGCACGGACAGCCGAGAGUCCUUUCAGCGCGUGGAGCUGCUCAAGAAGGAGAUUGACAAAUCCAAAGACAAGAAGGAGGUCACCAUCGUGGUCCUCGGCAACAAGUGUGACCUGCAGGAGCAGCGGCGUGUAGACCCGGAUGUGGCUCAGCACUGGGCCAAGUCAGAGAAGGUGAAGCUUUGGGAGGUGUCGGUGGCUGACCGCCGUUCACUGCUGGAGCCCUUCGUCUACCUGGCCAGCAGGAUGACCCAGCCCCAGAGCAAGUCUGCCUUCCCCCUCAGCCGCAAGAACAAGGGCAGCGGCUCCUUGGAUGGCUGAAGAGCUGCCUUGCCAGCUCUGGAAGAUGGGUUGAGGGGAAAGGGAGGGGGGGUUUUAGGCAAGCUGUCCUUCCCAGUCAAGGGGGGAGCUCCCCACUAGGCCAGGCAGCUGGGCUGUCCCAGGCUCAGGUCACUUUUGCUCCC